GGGCGGGCGCCAAAUGGUUGUUUUCCAUUCCUGUUGGAAAUUUGAAACGUGAUUGUUUUCUUUGUGGCUUAUUCUUGUAAAACAUGUCUGACGAUAUUGUAGCCUUGGUUAUUGACAAUGGUUCCGGUAUGGUGAAAGCAGGAGUUGCGGGGGAUGAUGCUCCGCGCUCUGUCUUCCCCUCUAUCGUGGGUAGACCAAGACAUCAAGCUAUUAUGGUUGGUAUGGGUCAAAAGGAAAGUUAUGUGGGAGACGAAGCACAAUCACGCAGGGGUAUACUCUCGCUGAAAUAUCCAAUAGAACACGGCAUUGUCACUAACUGGGACGAUAUGGAAAAGAUAUGGCACCAUACUUUUUAUAAUGAACUUCGGAUAGCACCUGAAGAGCAUCCUGUAUUGUUGACGGAAGCCCCGCUUAAUCCAAAAGCUAACAGAGAAAAAAUGACGCAAAUCAUGUUUGAAACUUUUAAUGUUCCUGCUAUGUACGUCGCUAUUCAAGCAGUGCUAUCGUUGUAUGCCUCUGGAAGAACAACAGGAAUCGUCGUCGAUUCUGGAGAUGGUGUCACACACACGGUUCCAAUCUAUGAAGGAUAUGCUUUGCCUCAUGCUAUCACCAGAAUUGAUUUAGCAGGACGAGAUUUGACCGACUACCUUAUGAAGAUUCUUACAGAACGAGGUUACUCUUUUACGACUACCGCAGAAAGAGAAAUUGUCCGAGAUAUCAAAGAGAAACUUUGUUAUGUUGCAUCCGACUUUGAUGCUGAAAUGGAACGUUCCAAGACACCUGGCGUCAUUGAUAAAACAUAUGAACUUCCCGAUGGACAGGUGAUUACCGUUGGUUCCGAAAGAUUCCGCUGUCCUGAGGUUCUUUUCCAACCUUCAUUGAUUGGCAUGGAAUCAGAAGGCUUACACACUGUUGCUUAUCAAAGCAUCAUGAAAUGUGACAUGGACAUCCGAAAAGACUUGUAUGGCAAUGUUGUACUUUCUGGUGGCUCGACUAUGUUCCCUGGCAUAGCGGACAGAAUGCAGACUGAGUUAAGCAGCGUGUCUCCGUCGUCUAUGAAGAUAAAGAUUGUUGCUCCUACAGAACGAAAAUAUUCCGUUUGGAUUGGUGGAAGUAUUCUAGCUUCCUUGUCCACCUUCCAACAGAUGUGGAUUACUAAACAGGAAUAUGAAGAAAGUGGCCCUGGUAUUGUGCAUCGAAAAUGUUUCUAAGCCUUCUUUGCGUGGUUGUCGUGCAUAAUACGACAUUUGAAAGAAUCACAUCCGCUGCUGUGUUUUUUCUCCAAUAAAUUUGGGUGUCUUUUGUUUUCUGAAUCGGAAAGUGAUUUACUGUUUU